AUGAAUUUGCUUGUCCUUUUGAGUUGCCUCUUUUCCAUAGGGGUGCAAAAAUAUUCACAUGCGUAUGCCCCGCUUACCGGCAAAAGAGUCCCCUUUACAUUUUCGGGGGACGUCCGUUUGAGUGACCCAAAUGGGGAAGGCAACAUAGCAAGUCAAUCGUCCAGUGGAAAGGACAAAGGGGACCAUUUUCAAAAUUAUGAAUCUGUCACGAAGGAGAAAAACAAAAGGAUGGAUGUAUCCAACGAAAGCGUAAUAGAUUCAGUGGAGAAAGCGAAUGAGGCAAUUAAGAAGAAGUACAGCUUGGGGGAUUUACCAACAUCCGGACUGAGUCAAGAGGAUGAAGAAGAGGCGAGAGAAGACAGUGAGUUUUUGUCCGACGAUUUGGAAGAAGCAGCUCAAAAUUUUGCAGUAGCUCAGAAUAAGGAGGAUGGAGAAACGGAAGAGGACGAAACCAAUGUGAGGAAGUACCAAGCGGAGGUCAUCAACUCCAUGAGUCAGGAUACGCUUUAUAAAAAGUUUGAUUCUGGAGAGUUGGAAAAAAUUGAACAGGCGAUGGAGGACUCUGACGAAAUGUGUCUCCAAGAUUUUUCGCUGCCCUGCCCGCUUCACUUCUUCCGAACGAGUUCCGGAUGCGUCCCAUUGAGUUCGUAUGAAGGUCCAUGUCGCAAGGUGCAAGACAAGCUGGUUCACUUGUAUGACCACCAGAAGGAGAGCUGGGGAGAGAUUUGUGACGCCACCUGGCCCUGCCUACCGAAGACAUGCCCCUAUGGGACCGACUACGAUGCCCUGUGUCCAAUAAACUGGACUGACGUAGGAAAAGGAACCUGCACAAGCGAAAAUACAAAUGACACAUAUGAGGGAAGCAUAAAUUUUUCCAACCUCUCCAUUGCGGAGAAGAAGAAAAUGGAAGCAAAGCACGGCAUCAGGUGGAGGUGCAAAUCUGUCACAUUCAAAACGAACUUUGAUGAUGCAUGCCCCUUCAAUUGGCACAAAAUUGGAGAACACAGAUGCAAAGCGCCGAGCGAUUAUGAUGGGCCCUGUCCCAAAAUUGCAAAUUUGAAAAAGUACAAAUCUGAGGAGGGGAAAAGGAGCAUCGAAAAUGUCUGCCUCGUCAAUUGGCCCUACACCGUUGUUGUAAAUCAGUACCAAAGAGAUUACUCCGCCCCGUGCCCCAUUGGAUGGUCCCCCAUAGACAAUGGACUUUGCCUGGCCCCAGAAAAUUACCAGAAAAGUGCAAAGUGCAACGACGAAGUCUCAUUUGCUACAAUGAAUUCGCAGCAGAAGGACUCCUACUCCAUCGCGUGUCAGGUGGAUUUCCCCUUCAAAGAGAGGGACCACUGCCUGCGCAAUUACUCCUUCGCGUGUCCCCUUGGUUGGGUGCCUUCCAGCAAAAGGGGUUACUGCAAAGCCCCAGUUAGCUACAAGAGCAAAAUAUGUAAAGGAUAUUAUAAAUUUGAAAACGUGUCGGACAGUCAGAAAAAUUACUUUUUAAAUUUUUGUGCCAUUGAUUGGCCGUGCGAAGGGGAGAUCCAGAACUCAGGGAUUUAUACGCGACUUCCCGUUGGUCAUUCGACUGAGCGACCGGAAAAAUGGGCCAGCGGCCCAGUGGACUCUGCAACGGGAGCAAUUAUUUAG